AUGUCUGAUCCUAUAGAACUAUUACAUAGAGCAGAGAAGAAAGGUGUUCCAUCAUCGGGGUUUAUGAAGAUAUUUGGAGGUUCUGAUUCAUAUAAAUUGGAAGAAGCUGCUGAUCUCUGCAUUCAAGCAGCCAAUUUAUACAAAUUACGUAAAGAAUUGAAACUAGCAGGUGAUGCAUUUGUGAAGGCAGCCGUGUUCCAAAUCAAAGCUGGUAAUGACGAUGAAGCUUCCAAUAUUUACACCGAUGCAUACAAAUCAUACAAGAGUAGUGGAGAUGCUACAGAAGCGACAGAUGCUUUAGUGUGUGCUGUUGAUUUGUUUACUAAGAAAGGUCAAUUCAGAAGAGCUGCAAAUUUUAAAUUUGAAUUGGGUGAAAUGUAUGAACAGGAUUUGAAUGAUUAUAAGAAAGCAAUUGAUAGCUUUGAGACUGCCGCCGAAUGGUACUCUCAAGAUCAGGCUAUUGCAUUAGCUAACAAAUGUUGGGUUAGAUGUGCUGAUUUGAAAGCAAUGGAUAAUCAAUAUAUUGAGGCUAGUAAUGUUUUUGCCAAAUUAAUUAAAAAUAGUAUUGGUAACAGAUUAAGCCAGUGGUCCCUAAAGGAAUACUUUCUGAAGAAAGGUCUAUGUGAACUUGCUGCAACAGAUGCUGUCGCCGCUGAAAGAACAUUAAAGGAAGGACAACAUGAAGAUCCAAAUUUCGUGGACUCUAGAGAGGCCAUAUUAUUACAAAAUUUAAUCGAAUGUACUAACGAAAAUGACGCUGAAAGAUUAGGACAAUGUGUGUUUGAUUUUGAUAAAUUUAAUAAGUUAGAUAAAUGGAAGACUACUAUUCUUCUGAAGGUAAAAGAAAAUAUAACGGAAGCUGAAGAUGACUUGUUGUAA